AUGCCAAGAUCACGUGUCAGACCUCGAUCAAGUCCUGUCAACCAUCGUCACGCGCUUCUUCUCCGCGCAACACCAACUUUUCACUCCACCACUUUUCGCAACCAUGGGCCACCUUUGGCCUCUUUUCCCUUACACCUGAUGCGCGCUUCUUCUCUUCUUUCCGGCCCACGACCCCUUCUUUCUUUCAAUUCUUCCCUUUUGCGGUACUUGUAUCGCGCUGUAGGUACGGCUUUAUCGCUGUCCUUCUUUAUAUUUUUCAACUGGUCUUUGGAUCUGUCUCCAGGUACGGCUUUACUGCUGUCCUUCUUCUUCUUUAACUGGUCUUCGGAUCAUUUACAGGUAUACGAGGCCGAACUGCGGGUGAAAUACGACACGCUUGCCAUCAAGUACAAUAAAUUGGCCGUAGAACAUGACAAUAACGUCAACGAGUUGAUUCAAUUGAGGGAGGAACUCGCAAGCAAUGAAAAGCAUGUCGAUUGACUCAAAGAUUGGAUCAGGGCUCAGGUUUCAAGACCACAGAGGAUCAAAAGACCAUCGACGAACUAAACACGCAGCUUUCCGAGGCCAAUGUGAUCUGGGCGUCGGGUAAAAUGCCCGACACUGUACAGAAUCGCUUCGAUAACCUCUCGCUACAAAUCAAAUUAUUGAAAGAAUAUUUGCAAAGCGAGAAGAAUAUGCAUAAAUCUUUCCGUCAGAAGCAACUGCACCGCAUGACUGAGAUCGAGGUAGAGAAGAAUGAGAUGGAGGAAGAGAGAGAUGGGGCUAGGCAAGAACUCAAGACCAUCUGCGAGACAGUCAAUCCCCAAGCGGCUAAAGAUGUCCUUGACCGCGCCUGGUAAGAGGCUGCUAAACUUAAGUCGGAGGUUACUAGACUCAGAUCGGAGGCUGCUGAACUCAAGUCGGAUUACCAGGGUAUGAUCACGAAGGCGGAUUGGGAAAAGGAGAAAGCUGAACUUCAGGAGACUAUCGCCAAGCAAAAGAAGACAAUUACCUCCCUUAAAUUUUUUACUUCAGAGCAUCACAUGGGAUGCAUUGAUCCUCUGAGCAGAGUUAAAUGGGUUGAGAUGGAGAUGUCCUCGACAGCCAAGGAUAAGGAGAUUCAAUCACUCAAAGAAGAACUCAAAAAAUCUGAGGAUAGCAGAGUGGAGACCGGAUAG